CCCAUCCCAACUCAACGGCAACGAUUGUUUUUAUCUGCGCAUCGAUUUUUUUUCGGAAGUGCUUUUUGAGUUUUUCACCAAAAAAGGACCGUUUUUCAACAUUAUUUCUAAUGUUGUCUGUGCUCUCUGCCGCUGGAAAAUCAAGUGAAGGUGAACAUCAAACCCGGGAAGCAAGAGUUCGUCGUGAAACGGUGCAAAAACUACGCAAAAGAUGAGCGGCCCAUGCGAAAUUCUACGACAGUAUUUGGUGCUUUGUGGGAGCGAAAUCCACCGGCUGGAGGGUCACCUGGCGUCGAAUGCGAUCCUCGAGUGGAAAGGGGUGACCGUUAAGGGGAGAUCGCGGAUCGUCAAGUUUAUGCGCCACAAACAACAGGACGGACUGGUGCAGAGAUUUUCGCAAGCCGAUUCGGUGCCAGCCUUCGAGGAACGCGGGACUCAUCUAUCUACCAUAAGCACCCCGCCAGAGAACCUAAUUGUACAAACUGCAGAAGAUCGAAGAAACGAUCUUCCGGCAAACAACGACUCACACAAAGAACCCGUUUCUCCGGACCCGAAUCUCAGCUUUGAGACGCCUCCGCGGCUCCACCCGGUCGUUUCUGAAUUGCCUCCCCUAACCGCCGGUCGUCAGUUCCUACCGUUUUCCUCCAGCGACGAGGAAGACGAUGAACCACCACAUCUCACGCCGCAAAGUCCCGGGCCCUCGGCCGAACCCCGACAGAACAUCUAUUCCGAACUGCAGUACCUGCAGGCGAUCGGCAUCGUACGAUCAUCUCACGAUCUGAAGCACAGGAGUACCCGUACCUCUCAUCACAUUCCCCGGGAGGACACAUCGCCAUCGGAGCCUGCCACCCCAGCAAUCACCGGUUCCGCCGAAUCCCCCGACAAGCGAACCAAGCUCAAACUGUCUUAUCGAUUGCACCUGCAAACUGCCGAUCCGCAGUUCGCCCUCAUAAUCUACGAAGACCAGACGCCUCGUUCGUGCAAAGUACGCCGCAACCUGUUCUGUGAUGACCCCGAUCCGGACGAUCCGGAACCCGUCUCCCCAGUCCGAUCGCAGCCCUCUCAUAGCAGUUCCUCUCCACAGGCUCUCCCUCUUCCGGACACUCCUCCCCCUGUGCCAUCCCCUCCGCCACCUCCCGGAGAAAUCACUCCUCCUCAAACUCCCCUGGAACCCCCGGGGACUCCACAUCGACAACGUCGCGUACCACCGGCUGGCUUCCGAACAUCGCCGCGAAGAUCGCGGGCGAUCAUGAACUUCACCAUUGCGGCCGAUGGUUCCAACAGCAGUAGCAGCAGCAGUAGUUCCAGUUCAGGUACCAACACCAAUACCAACAACAACAACAACCUACAAACGUGGCCUCGAAAGACGCACCCUGGCGGAGGCAGUCCGGGUGGCGGUACAGCUGCCAAGAACCGGAAACUCGCCACCGGUUCGACGACCGUGCGGAAACCUUUGCGGUUCUAAGCAUUGACGAACGGCGAAAAUUGUUCUAUUUUUUACAUCUGAAGAGUCGUUUCCGAUGCGACUUUGUUCGACCGUUAAUAUAUUUUGUAAAUAUAGAUUUUUAUUCGAUGAAACCUGAAACAAGCCGGAA